UUGGACGCUUUGACGCUCGACGCUCGACGCUCCCAUGUAUUGGCACCUUUAGGAGGGUGGGGAUUACGAAAAGUUCAAAAAUGUCUUUUGCCGCCGAACGUUGCGUGUAAUCAGUAGGAAAGUGAUUCGAUUGGAAUAUAUUCGAGAUCAGAUCAAGACGAAAAUAUGAAGUGGUUAUGCUGUUUCGGCAACAUGGACAUUACCGUUAUCGUGGCAUUAAUCCUUCACAUUGUAAUCGCAGGAGUAAUAGCUCCAAGCGUGAUUACACCGACAAGAGAUACCAUCUCUUUGUACAUCAAUGGACACGGUGAAUCUUCCAUAAAUACGUACAACAGUAAUUGUGAAUGUACGAAAUAUAAUUGCGGAUGUUGUCAGUAUAUCGAAUGGAAUGCAAUCUCAUUAAAUGGAACAUUGUGUGCAAAUGCUAGCUAUUUAGAGUAUGAGUAUGGAAUAUCAAUCACAGUGACAUACAAUGAUUUUGUGAUUAUUAAUGAGACAAUCUCAGCUCGUAACCCACCACCCAUUUGCUUUGGGGAAGACUUUAUGAAGAUAUACACACAUUUGAUCCAAGUUGAAGUUUGCUUACAUAUUUAUGAUAUAGAUAUUGGAUAUAAUAAGUUUCAUGCGUGUUUUGAGAUUCUGGGAAAAUUCAUGCAUAUUAAGAUUCUUUCGGAAAAAUUAGGUUGCUUUACCACCAAGCUACAAAAGGAUUUUGUGCAUGUGGAAGAUAAUAUAGUUUUUCGUCUAUUGCAUCAACUUUCUAACAGCAAAACCAAAGAAUUCAAAAUACCUAAUGUGAUCAUGGUGUAA